UCCCUUCCCUGGUCCCUUUUUCUUCCCUGGAGUGUUAACACAUCUGCCAGGCGCAUGCGGACGGGAAGCAGAGACAUCUUUCGAUCUAGUGCAGCACUUUGCUGCCCCUCCUCCUCCUCUUCCUCCUCUGGCCACGGCACAAGAGAGAAUUCCCCGCGUUACAUGUCGUAGUCUUGGCUGCCAGAUCUUUCGCUUCCUGGGACUUGUGCGGGCUUCUCGCCCCUGUUUCGUGCAAUGGAGCGGUGGUGUGCGUGGGGGUAGCCAGGGGCGAGGAGAGAGGGGAGGAGAGGAGAGGAGAGGAGGGCGCUUGCUUCUUCUGUGAAAGGCCAUCGAGGCGGGGAAUCGUGAUGUCGAAGGAAGCGGCGUGAGUGGAGGAGUCGCGACGAAGUGUGGCGUGCAUCAGAAGAGUUGUGAGGUUGCGUCGUGGAGCGCGUGCGAGGUUUUGCGAGCGGAGGUGUGCAUUCGUAGCGUCUUUGAGGGGUUGGUGUGUGUGUGUUUGUUCACCGGGGUGUAAUUUCGAUGCGGAGUUCGUGGCCCGGGCGGAGAUAAUUACGCGGUGACUUAUGGUAUUCGAGGUUCUUUGUUGGAGCGGUAGGCAGCAAUUGGUUGCAGUGGUCGUUUCCAGCGUUUGGGUCUACCGUUUUACUUAGUGACUGUGGAGUGCCUUAUACAUCAUCAAGCGUGGGGACUCUCAAGUUUAGAAAAAAGGUCUCAGUAUAUCUGGUGUCUGGAACAAUCAUGGAAUUGAAGCGACACCUGUGCCCAACAUUUUCUCAUAUUCUUUAGGUCUAGGUUCUUUAUUGCAAGGCAAUCUCGGCAUAAGUGAUCGGUUUCAGCGUAACUAGCCAUUGUUCUGAGCAUAAUCGGCCUGGAAGACAUAAGUCCCCAAGGCAUGGAAAGGGUGCUUUUUAUCGAGCUGAGCUAGGUGGGGCUGAACCGAGUGCUUACGCACACACUUCAAGGGGCUGCUAUUGAAAAGACCAGGCUCGAAGGAACUAUAAUUUGAAGAAAACUUUUCUGGGAAGCGUUAGAGGAAUGAUAGGAGCAGUUGACUUAAAUUCUCUCUCGCAGCCUUACAGUGGGUGGGUGGUUUUUUUUCCUUGAUUUUUUGGGUUCUGUUUCCGCCCCAGCUCCUGUGCAACAAAACGGGAUUUAGGGAUUCAUUGAAGGGAAUGGAGGAGGGCAUGGAUCCAAGAAGGGAACCUCCUGUUAUGGGAGGGAACCGGUGGAAUUCCGGAGACAUUUAUCAUUUGGGUAACGGCAGCGGAGACGAUGGAAGCAGCAGUAUGAAUUCAAGGAUUAGAUUUGAGGAUUCUGGAGAGUCAUCGGGAGGGACGAGAGUAGGUCAUCAGGAAACUGGGAAAGGUCCCGAGAAUAGCAGGCCACCUGUACGGAAGCCCUCCCAAGUGUCACCAAAGCUUGUUGCUGCACGGUCCUCUGGGUCUUGUAGAGUGCAGAGACCACAUCAAGGGUCCAUUCAGGGACAGUGGAACGCUUUGCACGGUUUUGUUGACGGGCUGAACGAGAGUGGGUCAGAAUCAAUGGGCAUAGCUGACGAUGGGCAUCUUGAAAUGGGACUAAGUACUCACCUUGGACUUUCGGAAGAAAUCAUUGUACACCCUGCUCAUGUGCAGACACUACCCAACCCCGAGUUCCUUCGGAGGACUGGUCGAUCAGGACCCAAUACUCUAGAUUUUCUGACAGGUAGAAGCUCUGUUCAGACAAAUGGUGGGAAUGAUUACUUUGGAGGAAGAGCAGCGGGUCAUGUGGGAGAAAAUACUAAUAUUAGGAUUGGGCUGUCCGGAUUACCGCCCAUUGGGAAUAGACAAGGUCAAGUAAACGCUGUUGGCAGCUUUUCUGGAGGAAGAAACGAUUUGGAAGAGCGGGCAGUGGAUGGCGAUGGAAAUUUGGCUUUCAAUUCCUUUUUUAUGGAUCGGCACGAUCUGGCAGACGGUGCGACGAAUGCUAUGGACGAGCGAGGAGGUGAUGUUGGGACUGGAAGUAUGAUGACGAAUUCUCUCUUCAUGGACCGUUCGGAUAAUCGUGACGAUGCACAGCACCAAGGUAGCAGCAACAACUUGGUGGGUAUGACAGAAGUUUACUUACCAAGCGGAAGUAGGAGUCAAGGUAUGUCACAUGAAUCUGCUGGUUACGGCCCUGACAGCCGUCACUUCAGUGCGGAUAGGCAUUCUUUGUUCGGUAGGACAGGAGGUAAUCCCAUGGAAAGUCCAUCAAGCAGUCAUGGGCAUGUAGGUAGCAGCUCCAGAAGCUCAGCAUGCAAGAGGAAGAGUUGCACACCUGUGGUUUCGGGUAGCAUGUCUAGUCGAAAUGGUUCCCCUCACAGAGCUGGGUAUCGAGACAGUUAUAGUGGGCGGUCGGGAGGUAGUAAUGGACUCAGUAGGCGCCCCACAGGUAUUGGUGGCUCAAGUAGUUCCCCUGAAGCUGUGGGUUCUAGCUCAACCCCUUCUGAUGCAGUUUAUCUGGGGCGACAUACCGAACCCCUCGCGGUUUCCUCUGGAUUAGAUACGCCUCUUUCUCGGAGGACCAACUUCUUGAGAGAGCCUUCAGAAUCAUCUUCUGAUUCUUUGAGAGAAGGUCGUUAUGGGAAGUCAGUGGCGGGCAGUAGCAGUGCUACUGCAAACUCUCAGAGAACCACUCGAUCUGGAAGCAGUGGAGUGGUGUUGAACAAUUCUGGAGCGAACAAUUCUCCUCCAUUUCCUCGAACAGUUCGGCGAGCAGUUCCUUCACAUGACAAUCUUCCUCGACGUCCCGUCCCUGAUUUUUCUAUGGAUGCAGAUGUGGAACUAUCGAGCAGCAGUUUGUUCGAGCAAAUGCUUAGUGGGAACCAAAAUCGAAGAAGUGAAAAUUCAUCACUUACAGGAGGAAGAGUUGGAGGCUCUGGGUCACCUCGGCGCAGUGAAGCUCCUUUUGGUAUGAGUAGUACAGGUGAUCGGGUUAUGCAGAGGUACUUGGGUAAUAGCACGCGAAGUUUGUUAAUCAGUGGAUCGAGUGGUAGUCAACCUGCGGGAGGGGUCCCUUCGGAGAGCCGGCUGCGCAGUCGUGUCUUGGGUCAUCAUUCCGAGCGAACAACUCAACCCUCUCCUCCAGCAUCACAACCUGUAUCGCUUACAAUGCAGGCAGGUCUGCAUGCAGCUUCUCCGUCUACACCUUCUCCAUCGCGACCACCUCCACAUCCUCCAUCCCUUCGUGGUAGACUUCAGAGCAGCAGCUUGCAGUCAUUGCUACCACCGCCAUCGCCUUCGGGACCUGCACCUUCUCGCUUGCCCCCCUCUCCGACCUCUUUGAAUCCUCUAUCUUUUGCCCCUUCAAUCGAUACUGUACCAUCACCUACCACUCUCUUCCGAGGUUCGUUGUUGCAUGGAUCGUCUCCAGCUGGUUUACGUGAGCGGGGAUUUGUAUCAGCAGCAGAAAGCCUACUCGGAUUGCCUUUCAGGGGUUUGCAGAUGUCCAUAGGCGAUGGAGGUCCCCAACCACGACUCGUCGCCGAGGGACUUGCCGAGAUCCUUGCAGCACUAGAGCGAGUUGAAAGAGAUGAAGAUUUGACGUAUGAGCAACUUCUGAUGCUGGAGGCCACGCUACUGUUUGGAGGAAUGGGUCUGCAUGAUCAGCAUAGUGAUCUGCGACUCGAUGUGGACAAUAUGUCUUACGAGGAGCUGCUGGCUUUGGAGGAAAGAAUUGGCAACGUGAGCACAGGAGUGAGUCCUGACGUGUUGGCGCAAAAGUUAAAGAAGACACGGUACUCUUCACUUGAUGCUGUGGUGGCACGGUAUUCACAAGAAUGUGACAUUAAGUGCAGUAUCUGCCAGGAGGAGUACGAGGAGGGUGAUGAAUUGGGCAAAAUCGAAUGUGGGCAUGGAUAUCAUGCGCAGUGUAUCCAGCAGUGGCUCGUGCAAAAGAAUCAAUGCCCAAUUUGCAAGGCUGCUGCGUUCUCGUAGAUGUGUUGGUCUGAUAAAUUAGAAUAGUUAUGAUUUGCCUUUUUCAUGGACUUAGCCCUGGCCAUUUUGGGAGAGCGCAGCAAGCUCAUAAAGUCGUCCAGAACAUUGAGCAGUGUUUGCUCAAGUGUAAUACCGUUAUCUUCUAUUGAGCUCGUGUUCUCCUUCCUACAAAUGUUAUGUCACGGCGCACUUGGGGUUUCACUCGUUUCAAGUAUUUAAUAUUAGGUUAGGUGUUUGGAAGCGUUUAAAAUGACAAGGUCUUGUAGUGCAGGCACAGCAUCACAUGUAAUAUUCGCUUUGUACAUAGAGCAAUAUGGUCUGUUUCCAUUGUUACAGUA